AUGAGUCUCCCCAUGAGCGUGAACAUAUCACCGAGUAGCAGCACUUCCAGCAACUCUCAAAAUAUUGCUAGUGCUACUGUAUCCGGCAGUGGCAGUCGCAGCAGUUCAGGAAGUAAAAAUGGGAUGGGAUCUGGCAUGAAUGGUAACUAUACUGGAAGUAUGAGUGGCAGCGGGAAUAAUAACUCAAUGUUCAAGCCAUUAAGAUGGCAGCGGCCAAACUCUGUUUACGUCGAUUUAAUGGAUCAAGAAGUAAGUAGAGAUUUCUGCUUGAACCCCGUAUCGAUAGCAGAUAUAAAAUCUGAAGACAAUCCCUUUUUUUUGGAUCUAACUGUUCAUGGAUAUCCGCUAAAGGAUUUCGAUACCUUACAUGUGUCAUUCCCCAGCACACUCCUUAGAAGACCCAGAACAACGUUUAUCCAAUUGGUAUCGACUUUGCAUCAUGAAACACAGACUUUGUUGACGGAAAAAUUGGCAAGUUGUGUUCAUUUGGUUGUUUUUGAUGAUCAUUCCACGAUUCAUCAUUGCAAUCAACAAACUUCUUCUGUUAUUUUAAAGAUGCUACCAUAUCUUAAUGAAAUAAAUCCUUCUUUCUCCAUUAGCUUUAUUGAAGGCGGAACUAGUUCAUUUAAUAAACAAAGUUUCCCUCAAUACUCACCUAUACCGUUACCAUCAUUUAAGAUCAAUAAACCUGAUGAUAAUAAAGAAAACCAUAAUAACAAACACCCCCCGUUAAAACUGCAUAUACCCCAAAUUAAUGAUCCUCGGAUAUCCCCUAAUCUGAUAUCUUCAGCUUCCUCUACAAAGAUGUUCAUACAAUCUUUGAAAAAGGAUAGCAUUCAUUAUUCACCAAAUUCAAUCAAAAAAUAUUUUGUUUUCCACACACCAGAGACACUUCCUAUUCAUGUACCGAAGUGGCUCUCACCUUACAAUAGUAAAAGUGAUACUGUGUUGGAAAAAAUAUUCGAGGAUUUUGAAACUUUAGAGGCUUUAGAAGUCAGACGGUUGGAGAAAUGCCUUAUGGCAUCCAACCCACCUUCUUCUUCCGAGUCUACACUUGUUUCUCAAAACUCACAUAGCAUAAAAUUGCCGGAAAAGCAAUCUCCAUACAACAAGAAAUUGUCCAAAAUAUACUCUCUAAAGAACCUACAAAAGGAAUAUAAACCAAAUGGGCACGCCUAUGAAUCAGAUGAAGACGUUUUGGUAAUGAAAAACUCCAACAGAUCUGUUGAUGAAAAAUUACGAAUGGACAUAACGGAAGAACUUAACGAUAGUAGUAAACAUAACUUGAUUGGUAAAUUGAACAAUUUGUCACCGGAACUCCUUCCUGUUUUGAAAAAGAGGAAUAGUACGGACUCAAACUUGACUUCUACUUGUGAUAACUUUAAUUCAGACAGAAAUGAUUUAUGCAAUAUUAAUACAAAUAGCAGUGAAAAAUCAUCUGAUGUUGAAGAGGAAAUUGUUGAAACACCCCUGGGUAAUUAUCAGAUGACUAAAGGGAUUCAAUCAUUUACCAAAAAUCGAUACUCAAAUAUUUUGCCUUAUGAACAUUCUAGAGUUAGACUACAGCCGUCUCCUAUUUCUGAACACCUAACCCAGGUGUCUGGCGAAGGGUCGAACCUCGUAGAGUUUUUAGAUAAAAAGUCUAUCAACUUAGAGACUGAUCCAAAGAAGUGUGCCACCAAAGCAUGCAGAACCAAUUCGAAUACGCUCAGAGUUAAUGAUGAGCUGCAUACGGUGGAUGAGGAUGUGGGGUACUUUUCACAAGAAAGCUCUCCAUCUAGGUUGUGCUCUAACCCUGUUUCUAAAGGCGAUGUACUAAGAGAUUUUCCUGAACUUGAAUCAUCAACAGAACCAUUUAAUGAUUAUUUUAAUGCGAAUUAUUUGAGGCUUCCACAAAUAAACCCAGACUUCAAUUACAUUGCAACUCAAGCACCUUUAGUUUCUACAAUAGAUGACUUUUGGAAAGUCGUUCUGUCGAAUAACCUUAAAGUAAUAAUAUCGCUAAACUCCUAUGACGAACUUGAUAUGAAAAAAUGGGAUAUAUACUGGAAUUCAAAAUCCAUAAGAAAACAUGAGGUUCAAGUGGUCAACACUUACGAAGAUGUUUUCGAUAUUCCAGGUUGCAUAUUACGUGUAAUUAAAGUAUCUAAAUCCGAUUUUAAGGAUACUUCUCCAACUAAGAGGGCAAAAUUCGAGGGAACCUCUAAAAAGAACGGAACAAAUUCUCAUAUUGUAUACCAACUCCAAUAUACAAAAUGGUUAGACUCAUGUGGCAUCAAUAUGAAAGACUUCAUCCAUAUCUAUCAUAUUAAGAAUAUUCUAUUAAAUGAGCCAGAUAUUCUUAUCAAUGCGCUUAAUAAUAAAACGGAGGAUUUCUUGAACUCUUACAAAAAACUUGAAUUGGUAUCCAUUAAUAAAAAUAACUCUGGUUCUCCGAUUUUAGUGCAUUGUUCAGCUGGUUGUGGAAGAACAGGAGUUUUUAUUACCCUUGAUUUCCUACUAGGUGUUCUUGAUCCGCGCUCAAACCAAGCAAAUAAGAUAGAUGUCUGGAAUAUGUCUGCUGACUUGAUUUUCAUAGUAGUUAACGAACUAAGGAAGCAAAGAAUAUCUAUGGUUCAAAAUUUAACUCAAUACUUAACUUGCUAUGAGAGUAUGUUAGAGUUCUUCUAUUUAAAGGAAAACGUAUAG